AUGGCCUGGCCUGACCUGGCCUGGCCUGGAAAGGCUUGUGUUUCUGACAAACGGGGCCAGCCAAGCCGGGCCCUGCUGUCCGGUCCUGGCUGCCCUGUCCCAGGGGCGAGGGUCACUCCAGGGUCCGCCCCACCCCCAGCCCCCAAGGACCCCCCUGCCCUCUCCACCGCCCGACCGGGCUGCGGGCCGCCUGGCGGCCUCCAGGUGGCGCUGGAGACGCGCCUGCCGCGCCAAGCUGGGAGGGACUGGACGCGUCCUUUGGAAGAGGGGCGCUCAGGAGGCCACCCCAGGCCCACGGAGAAGCCCUUUGGAUACCGCCUCUGCCCCCGCCACCAGAAGUACUGCGUUCAAAAAAGGCAAGAUAAGACUGCGCGAACUGCCUCCUCCGCCAGCAGGAAACGAGCGGGGGAGGGGAGGCUGAGCGCAGAAGGGGCCUGGAAGGGCCGUCCCGGGACGCAGCGGGAAGCGAUCUGGAAGCGGGAGUUGCCAGGGGAGGAAGGACCCGGGUGCGGGGGGGGUCCCCUGGGGCGGGCAGGGCGCGUCCCCGCCGUGCGUCGCGGACCCGGGGGCGCCCCCUUCCUAGCCGCGCCCAGAGUCGGGGGCUUCCCCUAUCGCCGGCGGCGGCGCCUCUGCUCGCCCGGAUCCCACCGCUGGAUCCCAGGCCCCUUUCUCCCCGGCACUGCCCCUCCCCUAGACCCUCCUUUUCCCCGGGGGCGCCCCGCGGACUCAUCAGAACCCCUAGAGAACCCUCAACUGCGGCCCGAAGCAGGAGCCCCGCCCCGUCUCCCUCUUGGCCACGCCCACGCCCGGCCCCGGCCUCGCCAUUGGCUCCGCAGAGCUGUGGCCUCCCUGGAUUGGUCCGUCGUCGCUAGGCCACGCCCUCCGCCCCGCACAAAGACGGGGGCCGGCUCAGCCCAUCCCCACCGCAAGACCCCAAGGAAUUUGAGGGGAUGGGUCCCCAGGCUGCGAGCCCAGCCUCACCCUGAUCUCGGAGGCCUGCAUGAGUCACAACCUGGGGGUUGUAAUAAUAACUGCGGUUGA